GGCAUUACAAGUCGCAGACAGAAGGCCUCAUCCACCAGACAGAGAGAAGACUCAGCCAGAAGACUCGGCCAGAAGACUGUGUACAGUAGACAGAAGACGGCUGCUAUCCCCUUCAGCAGAAUUCAAGUUUAAGCCCGGCUCAAAGCAGCCGCUCGGCCACUCGACCACUCAGUGCAAAGCGAAAUCGCGACGCGACAACAACGAACCGCCGGCAGUUCCCUCUAAACAACAAAAAAUUGAAUUAAAAUAAAUUAAUAAAAAGCCAAGUCAGGCAGCAGAAGAUCUACAACAAAGCCGCAAAACAAUGUUCGUCUUUCUGGGAGUGCUCUGCCUGCUGCAGACGGCCAGCCUGAUCCCCGCCCAGCUGAUUACCCUGCGCGACGGCAAGGUGGGCGUGAACUUUGCCGGAUACCAUGCGGAUGCUGGACUGGGCGGCCUGCUCACAGGCAACUCAGCCCACGGUGGACUCAGCGCCUCCGCCGGAACUCCAUGGGGUGCCCGGGCCGCCGCCGGUCUGGGUGGCAAUCUGGAUGGACGCACCUCUGGGGUGGGCUAUGCCGCCGCCCAGGCUAAUCCCUCGGUGGGCGCCAGUGCCCUUUUGGGUGGCAGUGUCGGCGAAAAUGGUUAUAUUGGCGCGGAAGCCCAUAGUCCAGGCAAGGCGGUGAUUUCCUCCAAGCAGCAUAGUGUCCAGCCGGGUUAUCCUAACGAUCCUGUCAAUCCUGGCUAUCCUUCUUUGCCCACUCUGGCACCGAUGACUCCUCAACCAACUGGCAGCAAUCACAUACAGAAGGUGAAGCCGCCCAAGAAGUACUCACUGAUCAGUCAAAAUCCGGACCACAGCCAAAUCAUUGAAAAUGAUGUUAAAGCAGCCGCCGAUGCGGAUGCCACUGCUGUUGCGGUGGAUAAACACCAGCCCGCCUCUUUGAUAAUUGUCAAGCGGCCACGCCUACGCGUCAAGCACAUACGCCCCCGUCCAGUGAGGCAACGGACCGUAUACGUGAUGCAGCAGCAGCAGCAGCAGCAGCAGGAGGAGGAGCAAAUUCCACAAGAGGAGGGGCAUCAGGACGAGCAACAGUCGCCCGUUGAGGUAACCAGCGCGGCCAAGGUGGUACAGACCCAUAAGUACAAGUCUGUGCAGCGACCUCAGCCUCAGGCUUUGAACAACCGCUUUAUAGCACCUCAGGCCCAGGGACCCGUGGGAUUGGCUUUGGAUAUUCCCAUUGGCAUCCUGCGCUCCCUGCAGCAAUCUUUGGGCGCUUUGACCGGCGGAGUGGCUCCUCCUCAACAGCCCGCUGCUGUCCACGCACCCUAAGCUAAGCUCCUACGACCAAGGUCCUAGAAAUCCAGUUAACGGUAUUUGUAAGCCCUUCUUAAGGCAACUCCAAUCCUCCCUGCAACCUGGUGAAAAUCAAUAAAGCGUUUACGCCCAAGACAAAGCCAAUUGUAUUGAAUAAAGAUGAGUGACAAAAGGAAAUCGGCCAUAAUUGAGUUUUCCAAGACAAUGUCUUACAGUGGGUGUUAGUUAAAAAGUCUAAAACUAGUUAAUAACUAUCAUUAAAUAUGUAUUGAGUUCUUGAAAUAUAUAUGUGAAAAGUUAGAGUUUUAAAAUACUUUGGCUUUGGUUUAAAAGUG